CCCCCCCCAUCUCUACCAUGGAGGCCAUCAAGAAGAAGAUGCAGAUGCUGAAGCUGGACAAGGAGAACGCCAUGGACCGCGCUGAGCAGGCUGAGGCAGACAGGAAGGCGGCGGAGGACAGGUGCAAGCAGGUGGAGAAGGAGCUGUCACAGCUCCAGAAGCAGCUGAAGGUGACAGAGGAUGAGCUGGACAGGCAUUCAGAGGAGCUGAAGGAUGCGCAGGAGAGGCUGGAACUCACUGAGAAGAAGGCGUCUGAAGCGGAAGGUGAUGUGGCGGCUCUGAACCGGCGCAUCCAGCUGGUGGAGGAAGAGCUGGACCGGGCGCAGGAGCGGCUGGCCACUGCCCUGCAGAAGCUGGAGGAGGCAGAGAAGGCUGCGGAUGAGAGCGAGAGAGGCAUGAAGGUCAUUGAGAACCGGGCCAUGAAGGACGAGGAGAAGAUGGAGAUCCAGGAGAUGCAGCUGAAAGAGGCGAAGCACAUUGCUGAGGAGGCAGAUCGCAAGUACGAGGAGGUGGCACGGAAGCUGGUCAUCCUGGAGGGCGAGCUGGAGAGAGCUGAGGAGCGAGCCGAAGUGUCAGAGCUGAAGUGCGGGGACCUGGAGGAGGAGCUCAAGAACAUCACCAACAACCUCAAGUCCCUGGAGGCGGCCUCUGAGAAGUAUUCUGAAAAGGAGGAUAAAUAUGAGGAAGAAAUCAAACUCCUGUCUGACAAGCUGAAGGAGGCUGAGACCCGGGCUGAGUUUGCAGAGCGAACAGUGGCCAAACUGGAGAAGACUAUUGAUGAUCUGGAAGAGAAACUUGCUCAGGCCAAAGAAGAGAACGUGGGUUUGCACCAAACACUGGACCAGACACUAAAUGAACUCAACUGUAUUUAAGGAAUCCUGGAAUCCACUCCAGCUUGGCUCGGCACAAAAUAUGACGAGCAAAUGCUGAGUUCAUGACCAAAUAUUGUGUAUGACAAGCUUUGAGCACAGCAGGUUCACCCCCAUUCCUUCCUUUCUUUCUUCUUCCCCUUCCAAGAACACCAGCUUUUUUCUAGCUCUGUUUUUAUAUCCACUACAUUUCUUCCUUAGGCAGGGUUGAUUUAUUCUCUUCAAACUGGAUUAGGAAAUGGUGGAAUAUUACACAGCCAAGAACACACAGGCUCAGAACCUUCCCCACCGCUGGCGGUGACAGGAUGCGGGACUACACUCAGAUCUCAGCUUCCUGAGUAGGUGGCAUCACAGGCACCUCAGCAUCUUGUGUAGAAAUUUUUUUUUCUCUAUUA